AUGGCGGUGGAGCACGACGACGAAGACGACGACGGCCGCGAGUCCCAGUCCGUGCCUUCGGUUCCCAGCAAGAAGAAGAAGAAGACGGCGAAGAAGGAUCCUGCCGAUGCCCGGACGGAGUUCCGCGGUGUGCGGCGGCAGGGCGGCAGGUACAGGGCGCAGAUCUGGGACCCCAAGGGCCAAACCAUGAUGUCGCUCGGAUGCUUCGGCGCCGCCGAGGACGCCGCCAGGGCCUACGAUGCGGCGGCCAUCGCACUGCACGGCGCGGCGGCCAAAAUCAACUUCAAGGGUCCCGCGGCGGUGGCGGCGGCUCCUCUUGCCGAUGACGACAUCGACGCGCACGGGCACGAGAUCGCCCCGAAGAAGAAGAAGAAGGAGGAGGAGGAGGAGGCGGCGGUGAUGAAUUCGAAGCGCGUUCAGCACAGGAGGGAGGAGGCGGCGACAGAUGCUCCCCUUGCCGAUGAGGACACCGACGCGCACGUGCACGAGAUCGGCCUGAAGAAGAAGAAGAUCAAGGCGCCGGUGGCGGUGAUGAGCUCGAAGAGCGGCGUUCAGGGCGGGGGGAAGGCGGCGGCGCGGGCUAGGCCGAUCUCUCGCUCCGGGUUCCGCGGCGUGUACCAGAAUUUCAGUGGGAGCAGGUACAAUGCGCGGAUAUGGGAUCCGGUCCAGCGAGCUGGGCGAUGGCUCGGGACCUUCGAGGCGGCUGAGGAGGCCGCCGAAGCCUACGACGCGGCGGCCGUCAGUCUCUACGGCGCGAGGGCGAUCACCAACUUCGAGCAACCACCCCCCAAGGCCGCGGCCAAUGACGGCGCGGAGAUGUCUCCGCCCAUGGAACUCCUCAACGACUUCCCGGAGCUGACCGCGCCAGUCUUCUCGGAAAGCCUCAUCCCAGGCCCGCAGGUCGACGACCUCUUGACUUACUUGCCGCCGGCGGAGUGGCAGCGGCAGGUCCACGAGCUCCUCCAUGACAUGGGCUUCACCGACUAUGUGGUGGCUUAA